UCAGAUGUGUUGGUCUUUGCGAACACUUUGUGCCUAUUUAAUACCUCUUUAUGCACUUUCACAUGGACUUUUGCUUUGUGACGUGCUGCAAAUCAUUUUCUUCUUGUGCAAGCCUGAGCCUUGGCUAAAAUGAGAAUAAAUUUGAAACAUACUAGUACCCACCUUCACUAGCUAGGGUCUUCUCGUUUGUUCUUUGUGUUAUCUUGGUGUGCGAGUGGCUAAACGGAUGGGAACCUGUCGAAUUGACUUCACCUAUCUGUUCCCCUGCUUACAUUUCCAUAGUUAAUGGUAUAAGCAUCUACUGCAUAGUGGAAACACUUCGUUCGAAGAUCCUGACUCUCUCUCUCUCGCGUUCUAUUGCAGCUUGAAUGAUGUCCCGGAGGUGAUGAAGCAGAUGCCACCACUUCCAGUAAAGAUGAACGAAGAGCUGGCCAACACUAUCCUUCCCCGCCCAAACAUCCCAUGAAAUAGAUACCCAAGGCGAGAUUCAGCAGCGGCGAAAUCUUCUCAGCACCCCAAAUCCAUACUUGAGCCUCUUUAGUAGUCACAGUGUAAAAUCGUUUUGUUAAUGGUGGUCAACACCUAGUCCUAGUUUGGUUGGUUGGUUGGUUUUCUUUUAAAAGCAGUCCUUGGUAGGAAGAAGAAGAAGAAGAAGAUUACUCAGAAUUUUACCCUUUCUUUUCUUGGGUUUGUAGGCAAUUAGGCUUACACACAAUAAGCAAAAUAUGUGAUCUUGUUGUUAAUCUUGUCUCUUUACCCUCUCUUUACCUCCCAUUAUGGGGCCUUCUGUGACUAUGUUGUAGCUUUACUUCUUGUCAUUGAAGGGCUAGUGCUUAGUAACUAAGCAUUUCUUCUUUGCUUAUUUUCAAGUAGCCCUUGGAAAGAAGAGAAGAAAGGGUUGUUUCAUUCAAUUGUUUUUAUCUGGAUAAUGAAUUUAUUAUGAACCUUAUGCAGCUAUAGUAACCAUCUAUUUUGGUCCAAUUAGGAAUCUAUUGGAUUCAGUUCAUACAUUACUGGCACCAAAUUUGCUGUUGAAUUUCAAAAGUCCACUUAAAGAUUGGAAAAAGCUGGGCUGCUUACCACCAAGGCAAAAUCCACAAUUUCUUAUAUUAGCAAAAGGACCUUUCAAACCCACAACCUUCCUGAAGUACAAAUACUUAUACAUAAUCAAAAUUAGUAGUUUAUUUUGUAUAAAAAAACACCACACAUGUUGCUAAAUGUCCAGAACCGAGUCGAAUCGCGAGUUGAGCAAAAUUAUACGUAAACGUAAAAGCGAGACCUGACGAUCAGAAAUUUUUGUAGCCCUGUUCGAAUUCAAAUUUGAUUUGUUUUUUCCAUUAAAAAAUCCACGACAACGAAAAUCGAUCAGAUCUAAAUAUCGCGACUCGGUUAAAUAUAUCGACCGAAAUGCUGCCCUAACCCCCUGUUCUCAUGUUGAAAACAAAAGGGUCCUGAAUUGGACUGGAACUUUUAAACGUAUGUUUUGUAUUCUUCUACUUAGGAGGGCUUUUGAAUAAUUCAUCAUGACCACCAAAAAAAGUACUCAUAAAAUCUAGAGAGACACACGUUGUCGUGAAUUGACCGGUAAAAAAAACGAAUUUUGGUUGCAAAAAGUCGGCACAUUACAUUACCAAUACUUUACAAAGCCGACCCAUAAGCCAUAAUAGCCCAUGAUGAGACUGUGUCCACAUCGGAAAAAGCUACCUCUGUCUUUUGAUCGCGCUUUAAUUAUGUUCAAGAAGAAGGCAGCAUCAUCAGUUGGCAAAAACUUGGCUGUGUUGGGUAUAUUAGUCAUCUUAGCAGCCUCCUCCUUGAACUGUGCUGCAGCGCAGCCAGCAGCCGUUUCCAACAAUGAAGGAAAUGCUAACUGGAGCAAUGACGAUGAUGGCACGGUGAGGAUAGACCCUCUGGACAAGUUCAAGAAAUACAGGGGAGGGUUCGACAUCACUAGCAAGAACUACUGGAGUUCGACUGCAUUUACAGGAAUAUAUGGCUACGCCAUUGCCGCACUCUGCCUCCUAGCUGGAAUCUUCUAUGGAGUUUUCAAGCUUGUUGCUCUUUGUUGCGAAAAUCGGAGUAGGAAUUCGAACGAAGGCAGUAAAUCGUCACCGUCUAACAACGACAAUUAUGUGAUCUACAGACGCCUAGUUAUCAUCGUCCUCCUCACUCUUGUGGCCAUAGUGGUUGCAAGUGGAGUGGCACUAGAAGGUAGCGCGAACUUCCACAACAGGGCCAAGAAGGCAGUGGACAUCAUCAUCCACACUGUGAACAAUGCCUCGGGGACCAUCUACGAUGUCACGUCCGCGAUGACCGGCAUUGCUCGUACUCUGAAAUCCUCCGCCGAGGUCUCGAACCGAUUCCCGGCGGCCAGGGCUGCGUCGAAAUUCCUGAGCUAUAUGUCCCGGAGGAUGGAUCGCGAGGCGGCCAACAUUGAGAAGGAAGCUAGGGACAAUAGGCGACUGAUCGAUAUAGCCGUCACUAUUGUGUACGUUGUGAGUGUCGUCGCUAUUUCUCUCAAUUUGGCCGUCGCAAUUGCUAUUUCAGCUUUUGGGGUACUGAGGAUUCGGAAAGCAAUUAGCUGGCUUCUUCCAUUAUUUUGGUCGCUAAUAGUCCUCUGCUGGUUGCUAUUUGGCAUCUAUUUCUUCUUACACAAUUUCGCAAAUGACACGUGUCGAGCCCUCAAGACGUUCGAUCAGAACCCUCAGAACAGCAGCCUCAGCUCGCUCGUGCCCUGUGAUGACCUAGCGGCAGCAAGACCGACUCUGAGACGGGUAAGAGAGGGGAUUUACGAUCUCGUCUCCCAACUGAACGUCGUCGCCGCCAACGUGACGGCGGCGUACGGAGUGCCGGCUAACUACAUUCAAGUAUGCAACCCUUUCUCGCCGCCGCCGAACUACCAUUACCAGCCUCUCGAUGAGUUCACUUGCCCUCCUCCAGCGUUCCCAAUUGGCGACAUCCCAAAGGUAGUGAAAUUGGUGACAUGCUCAGACGACGGAACAUGUGGGCACCAGCAGUUCGUAUCCGCCGCCGAUUACAGACUGGUGGAGGGCUACGCCAGUUCGAUCCAGAGCCUCGUCGACGCCUUCCCGGAGAUGCAGAGCCUGGUGGAAUGCGACUCCGUCGAAGCUUCGCUGUCUCAAAUUGUUCACCGCCACUGCCAGCCGUUGAAGAAGAAUGCGAAGAUGGCUUGGGCGUCAUUGGUCCCCCUCUCUGUUCUCAACAUGGCUCUUCUCGUUUUGGUACUGGUGAUACAGAGGAUGGGACCUUUGAGGACGAGCGGUUCCGUUGGUAUCGUCGCUAAAGAUGAUCCGCCGCCGGCGCCUCUGUCUCGCCGUUCUUCGUCGUUGGAGCUAGCCGGCUCCGGCGGCCACCGUGAUCAGUUGGUUUGAGGUUUUUAGUGAAGAUACUUCAUUCUUUAUUUGUUUGUAAUUGUAAAUAUUCCCACAUCCUUCAUUUUAUUUUGGUUAAGUAUUAUAUUUUACAUAGUGGUAUAGAGUGAUAGGUAAUAUAUAUAUAUUUUUUUAAAGAAGGAUUCAUUUUAUUCAUUGAAUCUGUACAAAAUUAGACAUAUAGUUAUUGAAAAGUAGAAAUAAUAUUUAUGUUUUAUGAUAUGAACCCAAUCAAGGGGAAGAGAAACAUUUAUGGUUAAGUAUGUAAUUAUAUCGUCUUUUUGUUUGAUGUAUGUCGAUGAAUGAAAUUUCGAUUUUGAUCGAUUGUUUAGAGAUAACAGAAUGUGAAAGAUACGAAGUUUUGGAUUAUUAUACUAGAUUUUUUUGAAAUUGGUAUAUUACGUUACUUGUGACAUAAUUCGCUUAUGAAAAGUCAAAUCUUAUCCACCACAUACUCAAUAAUUAGAGUUAAUUGGACAUUUUGAUGGUGAAAUGCAUUUUAAAUACGACGAAAAGACAAAAUGAGUUUUGUGUGUUUGCUUUUGAUUUUAAAUUUACUAGCGAGUGUGGGAUGGUACCAAAUGGUCGAACUUGAGACCAAACUCCAAAGUGUAGACAAGUAGCAUGAGGAAUCUAUCAUCAAAACGACAGUAAAUAUUGUGAAAUUCA